AUGAGCUUUGAGCUCACGGCCUUGCCCCUCCUGGGGAUUGAGCGCUUUCUCUAUGGAUACAUUUAUCACUUUCCUGAGUCAUUCAAGCGAUGCUGCCAAGGGCCGCUGAAGUCCCUACUCGACUAUGACGAGGGCGUCUACUGGCAGGUAGCGAAGCACCUGGGUGUUGGAAUCAAAGUCUUUCAGUUUGGUGUUCUUGGUUACGAUCUGACGGUCAGGAGGAGCCUCUCCCUAGCUGAGCCGCGCCUGCUGUGCCCAGGCCUUGCUCUGGUGGGGCUCGGUCAGUUGCUGAACUCAGCGACCUUCAAAACGAUUGGUGCAAAGGGAGUCUACUAUGGAUCUCAGCUCGGCUACGAGGUGCCAUGGGCCACAGCAUUUCCCUACAACAUAGGCAUCAAUGAUCCUCAGUACUGGGGUGUCAUCUGCUCCGUUUGGGGCUUCUACCUCUGUGUAGCUCCCAGUGGUGACCUCUUAAAUGAGCACUUCGUUGUGCCAUGGCUCGAGACCUUCUGGUACAUUGUGUCAAUGAAGCUCCUCGAGCACCAG